ACGCAGCGGAGUCCAGCUAUCAACAGUGGUGGGUGCGAUGAGGCGGCGGCGAGGAGAUUGUCAACCACCGAGAAGAGCAUGGUCGCUAGUGCUGUCCUCGCGGUGUGCCGGUACAUGGAAACGGUGAACGGAUUGUGGCGGGCGGCUGGGAGGGGUAGGGGGAGGAGGGAGGCCGCCAUAGCCCAGGCGUUGGCAGACGUCUGCACGUUGUCCGGUGUAUCAGGCGCUCCUAUCCUGUUGUCGAACGCAAUUAUUGUUGGUGUUCUGCUGAGGGACACACCUCAGUGGUGGAUGAAAAGACGAACGGGCGGCACGUGGCGAGACUUGGACAUUGCAGACGACGCGACGGGGGAGUAUUUUUUCCAUGAGAAAAUACGUGAGAAACUACGUGAGAAACUACGAAUGUCAAGGACCAUAUUCAACGACAUUGUUGCGGCUUGCAGUCCUUUCAUCGAACGUAGACUGACGCACUACAGAGAGCCUUUGCAGCCGGACCUCAUCGUUGUCUUCGCGUUGUACAGGUGGGCCACAAGGGAGGCGUUUGAGAACGCUUCAUCAAGUUUUGGCAUUGGCAGGUCGUCGGGAAUGAAGGCCGUCACGGGCGUCGCGAAUGCAAUACUGACUGCAUAUCCUGACAAAGUCGCCAUGCCGACCGGACGUCGACUGCUGCAGGUGACCCGAGCAUUCGGAGCGAAGGGGUUCCCUAAUUGCUUCGGUGCAAUCGACUGCACGCACGUGUAUGUAGACAAGCCCGCCAAUACACCGUCAGAGAACUACUACGACCGGGAACAACAGUUCUCGUUCAUCGCCCAAGUCGUCAUCGACCUGGACAUGAGGAUUCUUGAUUUGUUCAUGGGCUACCCGGGGAGCGUCCACGACCAGCGGGUCUUGAGAAAUUCUUCUCUGUUUCGACGUGCGGAAGCCGGCGAGCUAUUCGUCGUGGAACCCGUGCUGCUGCCGGGGGGGUGUCCACAACAGGACCUGGGCGGUCGUGCAUGGGAGGAGCGGGGUGCACCUGGAAAUCCGUGGGAUCAGUCAUGCGGGAUGGAGAAGGAAGGAGUUCGGCGGGAUGGGGACCAAUGCAUGAAGAGGUGGGAGAACAUAUUCGGGUGGUACAGGAUAUUGUGGGACAGGGAGAAGGACUCAGGACUGCAAUCAUACUUCCUCAUGAGCACGAAAGCACGGAAGGAGAAAGGCUACAGGUUCAAUCUAGACCGCACUUUGUAUGACGCGAUCCACAUUAUGCAGGGGAACAACCAGGCCAUUCACCCGCCGAAUCUCGUCGACGUAGGCAACAGACAAGGACAACAAUCACAACAAGGAGACCAUAGCCAAGCGGUCGUGGGCGGGGGGGAAGCAAACACUUCGGCGAGCGAGAACAAGGAAGCGGAUGCGGGUGACGGGUGUGGCAGCAGGUCGUCUUCGAACGACAUGCAGGGCAAGCGGAAGAACGCCAGGCAGCUGGCUUUCGAGGUGGUGACGGAUGUGAUGAAAACGCACUCCACAGUAGUCGCGGAGUCUGUGGACCGCGCGAGCAAGCGGCAUUGUGACGUGCUCCAGAGGCAGUGCGACACCAUGGACAGGGAGGUAAGAACGCACGAGAGGCAGUGCGAAGUCUUGGACAUCGGGCAGCGGAUGCUGUGCGAUGCUCUGCUUAAGAUCGCAUCGGCAUUGGUGGCACUUAGAGGCCGUGUCCUCGGUCGAACGAUAACAUUCUACGAGAUGAGGAAUCAUUGCGGAAAGGAGGAGGGUAGGGUGUUUGAUUUCGCGAGCGCAAUCACUCAACACGAAAUGCGGCAUUACGAGGUGGACACGAACGGAGAUACAAUUCUCCACGUAAGCGUCGCUUUGGGAUAUGCGGAUGACAUGCUGCACGAGGCCGUCGGCUAUGCAACGAAAGUCGGUCGCGCGAUCCCCAACUGCUGGGAAGGAGGAGUAGAUGUCCUCGCCGACAUCAUUGACCUCCUCAUGUCCAACAUCGCAAACGAGCAUUCGCGAUGUCCAUCCACUUCGGGUCCUUGCUUUUCAUUCUAGCGAAGUUGGUUCCCCCAUUAGCAAAGUAGUCAUCUUGGUCUCUUUUGCACCAGACAAGAACCAGGGACUCGUUCAAAUUCCAGUUC